AUGGAAGUUCCCAAUACCAUGUGGGGAUUUCGCUCAUCAUCAACAUUAGCGAACAUAUUUCUCCUUCUCUUAGUUGCCAUGAUCUUUUCAGUAAGCCAUAUUUCAGCUUCUAAACAAUUUCAAAAUGAAACUGAUCGUCUUGCUCUGCUUGAAUUCAAGAAGCAGAUAUACAAUGACCCGCUUGGAGUGCUGAACUCAUGGAACCAUUCACAGCACCAUUGCCAGUGGGAAGGAAUCACAUGUGGUACUCGACAUCAGAGGGUUAUAGCCUUGACUCUGAGGCAUAAGCACUUUUCCGGUAUUAUAUCUCCUCUUGUCGGAAAUCUAAGCUUCAUGAGGUUCAUCCAUCUUGAGGAGAAUCAAUUCCACGGUGAGAUUCCCCAAGAAUUCGGUCGCCUCUUCAGGCUGAGAGUCCUGAACCUACCAAUCUUUAAUAGUUCAGCCGUUGUUGUGAUUUCAGUAGCUGGCAAUUCCUUUCAUGGCAAUCUCCCAACCAACAUAGGUCUUACCCUACCAGUUUCCCAACCUUGGGGGAAACAAAUUCUAUGUUUGAAGGGGGGCAAUAUACUUGACAAUGUUCUUAUGAACUGUCAAAAUUUGCAAUAUCUGGAUAUAUCUCAAAACAACUUCACUGGAAUUAUAUCACCACAUUUUCUGGAGACUCAUUCAUCAUUGAUUUACGUGGGAUUAAGUGAAAAUUCUUUUACUGGUUCUCUGCCUCCUGAAGUUGGAAAGCUUAUACAUUUGGCUGAUUUCAAUGUUUCCCACAACCAACUUGUUGGAGAUAUACCCAUGUCACUUGCUGAUUGUUCAAAUCUGGAGAAUCUUUUUAUGCAGGCCAAUUUUUUCCAAGGAACAAUUCCACCAAAUUUGGCUUCUUUGAAGAGCAUCCAGCAAUUAGACCUUUCAAGUAAUAACUUGACUGUUCCAAUACCCAGUGAUCAAGGGGAAAAACACUGA